AUGUCGGAUGUUCCGCCUUUGUGUCCUAUGCAUACUUAUUUGCAAUGGAAAUUAUCUGUUGAAAGCCCUUCAUUUACAUAUGCUGCCAGAUCUACAUCUAAAGAUAUAUUGUUUGCUGUGGAUAUUCCUUUCCCACUACUGAGAGCCUGGUACAACCUAGUGGUGUUGAAAAAGCCCUUCCAAACAUCAUGCACCUGUGAUCCUAAGAAAAUAGGCAUCAACUUGCCCUCAAAUUUUCCCCAGUUUACUUAUAUCGAGUUGUUUGAAUUUGCAAUUCCUGGAACUUCGUUUGGUCUUACAUCUGAUCAAGUUAUGAGGUCAGAAAUAAAUCAUUCCCUUCGGGUUAUGGCAGCAAAGGUAUAUGCUGAGUAUGGCAAGAGUCGAGGUAGAAAGAGACAACAACUGGAUUUAAAGACCAAGAAAUUCCAUAUAAUGGAUGGACAAACAAUUUCAAUUACAAAACUCAAACAAGAUAAGGCAUUUGUUUGCGACGAGUUGGCAAAAUGGAAGGAAAGCAACAUUAAUUUAGAGGUGGAAAUUAAAAAGCUUCACCAUGAAAUGGAGAUGGCCAUCCAAGAAAAGAAUGAAGUAAUUGAAAACCUGCAGUCAAAAAAUGAAGAACUAUUGAAAUAUAUUGACCUCCUUGAAAAAUCUGAAAAAAUGCAGCAUCAGGGAAAAGAUAUUUCAGAAACGAAGAAAAAAUCAAGGACUCUCAAAAAUGUUUUGUCUCGGGCAGAAACUGCCUUAUGGUUUGCAAAAUCUUUUGGACUGGAAUUAGAAAGCAUGACCGUCAAAGAAAUCAACUCUAAUGUUAGACAUAAUUUAGUUGUUGACAACAGUGGUACCGAUAACACAGAUAAUGUUUCUGGAUUUGACGCUCUCUCAGAUGAUGAUAAGGGCAAGGUAGAAAAAGUUCUGUUUCUCCUGGACAAGUUCUGUGUGGGUGAUGCUUUUUAUCAUGAGAUAACUAUGUUGGUAGAAGGCUUGCCUAAGUCAUAUUUAGUUAAGCAAAGAAGAGAUCAACUGAACAAAAUGUGUCACAUAACCUCAACACCUGGAGAAGAACAUGGAGCCCAACUUCCAUUCAAGGAUUUACUAAAAAACAGGGUAAAAGAAUAUACAAUUGCUCACCCAAAUGUUGUUAGAGACAAUGAAACAAUCAAAGUCAAAAUUUCAGGAGAUGGGGCUAACAUGACCAGGAGUUCGAAUUUUAUUUUGAUGAGUUUUGCCAUUUUGCAAUCUACUGAUGAUGUUUUAGCAGCAAAGGGAAAUCACACUAUAGCUGUUGUAAAAGGAAAAGAGGAUUAUGAUGUUUUAAAGCACUGUUUUAGAGAUGUUUUCAAUGACAUAAAUGAAAUGUUAAGAGAAAAAAAACUAAAUCUGGGAGAAGAUACAGUAAACUUAGAAUUCUUUCUUGGCGGCGAUUAUAAAUUUAUAUUACUUAUGAUGGGUCUUAGUGGAGCCACCUCAAAUUAUGCAUGUGCUUGGUGCAAGAUUCAUAAGGACGAGAGGUGGAACAUGACUUAUGAUUUGAACCACUACAAUUCACCAAAUCUUCGGCGCACGUUAAAGGAAAUGAAUGAACUAGCAGGGAAAAAAACAAAAAAUUUCUGUUCUGUGAAUAUCCCCCUUAUAAACAUUGAUUUGGAUCAUGUGAUAUUAGAUGAACUGCAUUUGCUGUUAAGAAUUAUGGAUGUCUUGAUUCAAAAUUUGGUCACUGAAGCAGUGCAAUGGGACCAGGCCGACAACUGGAACAAGAGGAAGAAGGAUCAAAAAAAUAUUCAUUUAGAUAAUCUAAAAAGCACAAUUAGAUCUUGUGGGAUCUCAUUUGAAAUUUGGGAAAAAUCUAAUGCAGAUGGCAAAGGAUCGGGUCAUUAUGAUUUUACAAGUCUUUUAGGGCCGGACAAGAAGAAAUUAUUGAAAGAACUCCCGGAAAAGCUUGAAGGUUUGGUCCGUCCGGCGGCUGAAAUUGAAACGAAAAGCCUUUGGAUUAAGUUUUCUAUCAUUUAUUCUAUAGUAACUUGCAAAACACCUUCCGAAGAAAUGAUCACAACCUACUUUUGUAAAGCACAAGAAUGGAUAAAUCUUUUUGUUAAACUAGGAGACAAAUGUGUUGGUUAUACAAAAAGCAAGGUAACCCCCUACAUGCAUGCUAUGGUUUACCAUGUACCAACAUUUCUGAAGACAUACAAAACUGUAAAACUGUUUAGUGGUCAAGGCGUUGAGAAAAACAAUGAUGUCGCAAGGAGCAUAGUCUUACGAAAAUCAAACAAUUGGGAUGCUGCUGCAGACGUGUUGAAACUCGAGUCAAGGCAAUGGGACUUGCGAAAGCAAGAACGUGCAAAGAGAAUGUACACAAAAAAAAAUACCGAGUACUGGGAGCACCAGCUUCAAGAGGAAAGAAAGAAGAAGAGAAAAACAUCUAUAUGA